AUGUUCAACCCCAAGAAGGUUGUCCUCUGGGCACUUCUCUUGGGCUCCUUCGUUCACAAUGGGGAGUCAUUGCCUGCGGAUCCUGAGAACCCUUUGAGGCAUCUCAGGCGAAGCAACACGCCUUCUCGCAGCACCGUGCCAACUCCUACCAUAGCGACCUCCACCCCAACGGUGCCUCCCAUCAGUCCUACGGCGCCACCCAGCUGCCCUCCAUGUCCUCAGGUUCAGUGUCCCCAAUGCCCCUCAUGCCCCCCGGGCCCGCAGUGCCCUCCGUGUGCUCAAGCUACAGCUGCUGUCACGGUAACUGUUUGCGAGCCUUGCCCGACUGGCGUUCCUGGAGGCAUUGGUCCUGGAGUUGGCCCUAGCAGCGUCGGUCCCAGCGUCGGUCCUACUGGUGUCGGUCCUAGCGUUGGCCCCAGUGUUGGCCCCAGCGUUGGUCCUACUGGCGUCGGUCCCAGCGGAGGUCCCAGCGGAGGUCCCAGCGGAGGUCCCAGCGGAGGUCCCAGUGUCGGUCCUGGUGGUACAACCACAAUCAUAUUGACAUCUUACACCACGACAGCGGUUGUAGUUCCCCCAACUGCUACGACUACCGCCCCAUCAGUCAGGCCUACAACUGUGUCAACGCAGACAGAGCAUGUUUCAACUACCACGACCCCAUCUGUUAUGCCAGGUAUUUCGACUGCUACGCCAUCUUCUGUCUCCCCUGUCACUACAACAAAGCCCGCUACGCCAGCGCCUUCAACUUCUACUGCACACUCAGCUACGAUUUCUUUCACUUCCUCCGCUUCUUCGGUAUCCCCCACGAUGCCUACCGCUCCUUCCACUACUGUGUCUACUUACUUCCCUCUCUACUACUCUGCCUGCUACGACAACCGCCCCCUCGGUAUCCCCAACAGCGCCUACCGCUCCUCCUACAACUAUCCAUACCACGACAACCGCCCCCUCGGUAUCCCCAACAAUGCCUUCCGCUCCUUCGACUACUAUACAUACUACGACUACGGCCCCUCCAGUAUCCCCAACAAUGCCUACCGCUCCUUCGACUAUACCGACUACGAUUACGACUUCUGUGGUAUCUCCUACAAGACCCAGCACUACUCUCUCUACCACUAUUCCUGCUACGACCACAGUUUCCUCGGUAUCCCCAACAAUGCCUACGAUUCCUCCCUCGACUACUAUACCGGCGACUACAACUACGGCUUCCUCGGUAUCUCAAUACAAGGCCUAGUCUUCGCCUUUGUCAGUAUUAGGACUCGCGAGGCUACCGCGAUUGACACUGCUGGUUGCGGUGAUGGAUCUCGUUUCCAUGCUUGGACGUGGACUUUUGCCGUCGGCACCAGAAUGGUGUACUGGAUGCAUUUCACCACUGGAAGAGAUUCGUGA